UCAUUACUGCUACUAGCGCAAAAAGAAAUUGAUUUAGAGCGUUGGCAAUCCUAUGAUGAAUAUGUUUAUGAAAAACUACCUGUCAAAAGCAUAUGGAAUAAAGUGAGGAACUAAUAAAGAAAUUAAUAUCAAAACUAAAAUAGUUCAAUAAAAAUUUGAUUAAGAAGCAAAUAAAAGAAAAGAAAACGGAGACUUCUUGGUAUACAAUCGAAUGAUUAUGUCCCGCAAAUUACUUAGAAAUUCUGGGACAUGUUUGCUACAUGGUAGAAAAUCAAUCACAAAAAUUUCCUGUUUACUUGAUAGUAAAAUAAAUAUAUAAAUAUUAAUAGUGAAAAUAAAGAAUGGUUAUUCUUGUGAAAGAUAUUAAACGAGUGUAAACCAUAGGAUUAUAAAAUUAGUCGCGAAAGUGCGGCAUAGAAUCCAAUGUUUAAAAACCACACAAAAGUUGGAAUCUCAGCAAAAGGCGCUACCGCCACAGCGACCUUCAAUCAGCGUGAACCACUAAUUUUCCUCAUCAUAAUGCGUUUAAACUUAAAGAGUUUCCUAUUCGCACUCAUCGCAUUUGUAGUACUUACCGGCGUAGUAUUAUAUUAUUUUUUUGCGGAUUUCUUAUUCCCUCAUAAUUUGGUGCACAGUUGGGAUCGCCGACUAAGUAUUCGGGACGGUUAUGAUUCAAACAUAAUAGGCAAUGGGUUAAACUCUAUUUCCGCCCCUCUUGAGAACAUUGAAUGCUGGAUUAAUCAAGAGUAUUCGAUACCGUGCAAGCAGAGCACAGAAAACCAUGAAGUAUACGUGCCAUUUUCAUUUUUGCGGAACUAUUUUGACAUAAAUGGUGCAAUGGUAUCAACCACAAGUAGUAGUCUAAAUGAUAAUAGCAACAACAGAGGUGAUAGUGUGGUACCCCGGUUUGCAUGGUCACAUAGUAACGCAAAAGUAAAUGUGCCCAAAGGGAAGUACGACACCCGUGGACGCUUCGCCUACUUUGAAAACUACAAUGUGGAGGUGCGAGAUCGUGUAAAAUGUAUAAGUGCAGCCGAAGGUGUGCCAAUAAGUACGCAGUGGGAGAAAAGUGGAUACUUUUAUCCUACCCAAAUUGCACAGUUCGCUUUGGCCCAUUAUAGUAAACAUUUAGCUGAACCACCACCAAAAAUUAAGGUGCUUGAAGAUGCCGAUACUUAUAAGAGAGUGUGGCAAACGCCAAAAUCUAGCAAUAUUUCACGCAUUUGGCAUCCAAAAUUUAACACAUCUGUAAUCCAAUACGAAACAGCAAUUGGCUAUGACAGCGCAGUGCACACGAAUGUUAAUGAAACAUUUGAACUAGUACUAAGCGUUGAUCUGUUAUUGGUCACUAAUAGCAGUAGUCUUAUGGUUACUCUGCAAUCUCGUGAAACUAAACAAAAUUACACAUUGCACUACAUACCCGCCGAUUUGCGACUAAGUACUCAGGAGCAUAACAUAUACUAUGGCAUGGGUACUAGUGCUAUAAAUAGAUGGCGCCAUAUAACGCGAGACCUCUCAGUUGACGUACAGAAAGGUUUAGUAAACGGUAUUGAAAAGAAACUACAAUCUAAGAUACGCCGCAAUGAAUUGCGUGUAACGUCGCUUGCGUUUCUCGGCGUUGGUUUCUUUGACAAUAUUACGCUUUCAACAUACGAUCAUAUGGCACAUUUUUACGAUGCUGCAGAAUGGUUUAUACAUAAUCAGGAUUUAAAAAGCGGUGGUUGGCCUAAUCCGGUAAAACGUAGCUUAAACGGUUUUCCCGAACUUCGAGCUGGCUGGCUUUCAGCUAUGGGCCAAGGGCAUGCGAUUUCUGUGUUAGCCAGAGCAUACUAUCAUUCCGGUGGUGUUAAGAGGUAUUUGAAAUCAGCGGCACUAGGGCUCAAACCUUUCAGAGUUUACUCAAGUGAAGGCGGAGUAUUAGCGCAGUUUAUGGACAAGCAUUAUUGGUACGAGGAAUAUCCAACAACCCCUCCUUCAUUUGUACUAAAUGGUUUCAUUUAUUCCCUACUGGGAUUAUAUGAUUUAAAUAUGACCGCACCUGCAAGUAUUGGACGUGAAGCUGGUCAGCUUUUCAAUCAAGGGAUGUUGUCAUUAAAGAAAAUGUUACUGCUUUACGAUACGGGAUCUGGCACCAGUUAUGAUUUGCGGCAUUUAAGUUUAGGAACCGCACCAAACUUGGCCCGAGACGAUUAUCAUGCAACGCAUGUAAGUCAAUUACUGUUAUUGUCUACAAUAGACAGUGAUCCCAUUUUAAUGGAAACGGCAGAGCGGUGGAAAGGUUACAUGUUUGGCAAACGCGCUAAACAUAACUGAUGGCGUAAUAGACGUAUGCGGCACAAAAAAACGUUUAAUCCAGUGCGAAACUGAAACUCCGAGUGAUAUUAAAUUUAAUCGAAAUUAAGUUUUCUUUUAUUUACUUAAUUUUAUUAACAAAUUAUGCA